UCCAGGCAUCUCGGCAGAGUCCGAGUUAACAGGCUGCAGAGGCGCCGCUCCGUCCACUCUGAGGACACAAUGAAGGACUCCAUAGAGCAGACUGGGAAUCGACGGAGAUCUUUUACAGAUGAUGGUCUUCGAUGGAGAACCGGAUCUGAAUUUGCCAGCCCAGAUCACGCCGAUGCUCCUGGCAGCAGGGUGUCCCACCCCUCCCUGUUUGGGAAAUACCAGCCCAGCCUGCAGACUCUCAAGCCCUUCCGCUGGUCUUCCUCACAAUCCCACCCUGUGGACAAUGCAGGCUUCUUGUCGUUUACAACCUUUGCCUGGAUGACUCCCAUGAUGUGGGCCAUAUUCAGGAACAGGCUGGACUUGUCCUCUCUUAGCCUCUCCCCAUUUGAUGUAGCUGACACCAGCGGAGAGAGGUUGCAGAGACUCUGGGAGGAGGAGGUGGCGAAGAAAGGCCUGGAGAGGGCGUCCCUGGUCAAAGCCGUUCUCCGCUUUCAGAGAACGAGGCUCAUUCUGGCCGUCUUCAUCGGCACCUUCGCCAUGGGAGCAGCUUUUGUUGGCCCAGGCAUCCUGGUCAACAAAGUCCUGACCUACAUAGAAAGCCCAGAGAAGUCCACGGUGGCCCAUGGCGUCGGCCUGGCUGUGGCUCUGUUCUGCACCGAGUUCCUCAAGGCGUUCUUCAUCUCCCUGAUGUGGGCGGUCAACCUGCGGACGGCCGCCAGACUGAAAGGAGCCUUCUCCUCCAUGGCCUUUCAGAAGGUCAUCUCUCUGAGGGUGCACAGCGGCAUUUCAAUGGGAGAGAUGAUAAACGUCUUGACCAGCGACGGCCACCGGCUGUUCGAGGCGGUGCUGUUUGGGAGCUUCGCGCUCUGCGCACCGGUGAUCUUCAUCGCAUGCAUUGUGUUGGCCUGCGUUGUUCUGGGUUACACCGCAUUGACGGGAGUCUGCACCUACAUCAUCUUCGUCCCCGUGCAGUUUUUCUUGGCAAAGCUCAUUAACAAGUUCAGAUGGAAAGCCAUGCAGCUCACAGACGGCCGCGUCCGAACCAUGAACGAGAUUCUGAACAGCAUCAAGCUCAUCAAGAUGUACGCCUGGGAGGAAUCCUUCGAGAAGAAGAUAGCCGGGUUAAGAAAAAAGGAAAAGAAGCAGGUCCGGUUUGUCAGCUACAUCCAGAACAUCAACACCAGCAUCACCAGCAUCAUCCCGACCUUCGCCACCGUUCUCACCUUCUUGGUGCACACUCUGCUGGGUUUGCCGCUCACCACAUCCGACGCCUUCAGUACCAUCGCUAUAUUCAACUCCAUGAGGUUCUCCCUCGCUCUGAUGCCGCUGUGCGUGAAGGCUCUUGCUGAAGCCGCUGUGUCCAUCAAGAGAUUAAGGAAACUCCUGCUGGUCCAGAAUCCCGAGCCCUACCUGGAGCAGAGGAAAGACAACCACACCGCUGUAGAGAUGAGAAACGCAACGCUGUCCUGGACCAAAGCAGCCAGCGGGCCGGACCUCCCCAACGGCCAGAACGGCCAGGUGAAGAACCACAAGCAAGACGAGACGGAUCUGAGUGAGAGCUUACCGACGCUGAAGAACAUCUCCUUCACUCUGCCCAAGGGCAACCUGCUGGGCGUGUGCGGCAACGUGGGGAGCGGAAAGACGUCGCUCAUUUCCAGCAUUCUGGAACAGAUGCACCUUCUUCGGGGCUCCAUCACAGCUGACGGGACGUUCGCCUACGUCUCCCAGCAGGCCUGGAUUUUCCACGGAACCGUUCAAGAAAAUAUUCUGAUGGGCGAAGCUUUCGACCAGGCCAAAUAUGACCGGGUUUUGGAUGUGUGCAGCCUCAGAGCCGACCUUAAGAUACUUCCAUAUGGAGAUGGGACCGAGAUUGGAGAACGGGGGCUGAACCUGUCAGGAGGACAGAAGCAGAGGAUCAGCCUGGCGAGGGCCGUCUACGCCAACAAAGACAUCUUCCUGCUGGACGAUCCGCUGUCCGCCGUCGAUGCCCACGUGGGGAAACACAUCUUUGAAGAAUGCAUAAAGAAAGAGCUUCAAGGAAAAUCCAUCAUCCUCGUCACACAUCAACUGCAGUAUCUGGAGUUCUGUGACGACAUCCUGGUCCUGGAAGAGGGCGAAGUGAGGGAGACCGGGAAUCACCAGGCACUGAUGAAGGCCAAUGGACGCUACGCUCAGCUCAUCAGCAACUACCAGAUGGAGCAGUCGGAAACACAGACGGAGGAGAGAGAGGAGGAGGAAGUGGCAUCCCACAAAGACGCUGCUGAGGUCAGACUGCGUGCCGACAGUGGGAUAGUGAACCCCGUUUUUGACAUGUCAGAUGAAGCUGAUGAUGGCGCGCCAGCAGACCAGAGGCCCGCUGUGACGGGUGAAGAUCAGCUGGUGAGUCAGGAGUCCUCCACAGAGGGAUCUGUGUCCUGGAGAGUCUACCACCAAUACUGCCAGGCAGUUGGAGGUUACUUCGUCACCUUCCUCACCAUCUUCAUCAUAGUCCUCAUGAUCGGGUCCACAGCCUUCAGCAACUGGUGGCUAAGCUACUGGCUGGGGCAGGGUGACGGGUCCAAUUCGACUUCUAACUCUGGAAAUGUGACUUCUAAACCGGGUGACGUCUCCCAAAAUCCCCGCCUGCACUUCUACCAAAUGAUUUAUGGAGUGAUGAUCCUCGUCACGUUGGUCCUUGCUGUUAUCAAGUGCUUUUUUUACACUCAUGUCACACUGAGAGCUGCCUGCAAACUCCACGACAGCAUGUUCCGAAAGAUUCUUGCCAGCCCGAUGAGUUUCUUUGACACGACGCCUACUGGACGAAUUCUCAACCGCUUUGCUAAAGAUCAGGAGGAGUUGGACUCUGUGCUUCCUCUCCACAUGGACCCCUUCCUGCAGUUUUGUCUCCUCGUCACAUUCACCAUCGUCAUCAUCGCCUCUGUUUUCCCCGCCAUGCUGGUAGCUGUGGUUGUCAUGGGUGUUUUAUUCACCCUUAUUCUCUUCGUAUUUCAGAGAGGCAUUCGUCAGAUGAAGAAGAUGGAGAACAUCAGCCGCUCUCCGUGCAUCUCUCUCACUACCUCCACCCUGCAGGGCCUCAGCACCAUCCAUGCCUACAACAUCAGGGAGAGCCACAUAAAACUGUUCAAAUCUCUGAACGACAUCAACUCCAACCAUUACUUACUCUUCCACUCCGGCACACGGUGGCUCUCUUUCUGGUUGGACUUCAUGGCCGCCUCCAUGACGCUGCUGGUGGCUCUGUUUGUGGUACUGAGCAGCAAUGACGUCAUUAGUCAGUCUCUAAAAGGCCUCACCAUGUCUUACACCAUACAGCUGACAGGCAUGCUCCAGUAUGUCGUGAGGCAGUCAACUGAAGUGGAGGCCAGGUUCAAUUCGGUGGAACGGCUGCUGGAAUACAUCACGACCUGCAAAUCUGAGGCCCCCAGACACAUAAAAGGGGUUAAGAUUCCUGACGGCUGGCCCAAAGACGGAGCGAUUACCUUCCAGGAGUACAAAAUGAGGUACAGAGACAACACGCCUGUCGUCCUGAAUGGGCUCGAUUUCGCCAUCCAGGCUGGAGAGAAGCUGGGCAUCGUGGGAAGGACGGGUUCUGGGAAAUCCUCCUUAGGCGUGGCUCUGUUCAGACUGGUGGAGCCGGCGGGAGGGACCAUUCUUAUAGACGACGUGGACAUCGCCGCCAUCGGCCUGCGGGAUCUGCGCAGCAAACUCUCCAUCAUCCCCCAGGACCCGGUGCUGUUCACUGGCACAGUCAGGUACAACCUAGAUCCUUUUAAUCAGUAUACUGAUGAGGAGAUCUGGGCGGUGCUACAGAAAACCUACAUGAAGGACUCGAUCUCCAAGCUAGAUGGGACAUUGCAGGCUGAAGUGUUGGAGAAUGGAGAAAACUUCUCUGUUGGUGAGAGGCAGCUGAUGUGUAUGGCCAGAGCACUUCUCCGUAACUCCAAGAUCAUUCUGCUGGAUGAGGCCACGGCUUCCAUCGAUUCGGAGACAGACGCUCUGAUCCAAAACACCAUCACAGAGGCCUUCCACGACUGCACCAUGCUCACCAUCGCACAUCGCAUCAACACAGUGAUGUACGCAGACCGCAUCCUGGUCAUGGACGACGGAAAGGCAGCAGAACUGGGACCCCCAGAAGUGCUGAAGCAGAGACCAGACUCCUUGUUCUCCUCGCUCCUCACUGCUGCUAAUACUGUGAACACGUAAAACCUCCAGAGCCACAUCAUGGAGCGCAGCAGUAACUCACAGCAACAGCUCUUCGUCUCUCAGCCUUGAAUCAAGUGCGGCAGAGAGGGAGGGAUCAGAUGUGGGAAAUAAGAAACUUUUAUUCUCGUUUUCUUGAUAUAUUUAUGUCACAAGUGUUCCAGGAAAAACAAUGUUCUUUCAUCGAUUUUUAAUCAGUGUUUGUGUGUCCAAACCGAUCAAUUGAACUCUGCACGUUUUUUAACGUGUUGGCGGCCCGGACGUGCGCUUUUACGAAGAGCGUGGUUUUGCUUCCCCGAAACGGAUAGAUGCUUCUGCUUCUGGCCGCGGGAGGGUAACAUGAAGAAAGAAGGCUCCUUUUAUUGGACGAGUUAAGGAUGAGCUCUGUCUAAUUCUUUGCAGCCCGCAUUGGUUGUGCAGCGCACUGCAUGUUACGGUCUAGUGAACUUUUGCGCUGUCAUUUAUUCAUUUCCUCCAGACAAACUGCCGGCUCUUCUGUUUAGACUAUAAAUGGAUUAACAACAUUGAAAACUCUUUAGUUUUCUCUAUUCUAUAUGUAAUGGAGACUGGAAUUAAAUUUGCCAUUUCAACCAGUGGUCCGGAACACGAGGAGGCGCUGAUGCACCCACAGUUACUGGAAGGCCUUUUCUUUUUUUUGUGCUAAGAAUAAUGCAAAAAAUUGCAUGUGAAUGCCAGACAGUCUUAUUCAAUAUACGUCCUGAUCAGGCUUGUCAGAUUAAUAGUACCUUUCGAAAGUAACCUUUUAGCAGGUAUUAAUAUUAAACAUACUACAAAAUAUUACUAUGUCGUAAUGAAGACUGAAGCUGGUUUGGUUAUGGAGAAACAAUCACUCCAGGCUGUCGGGUUGGGACAGCUGAUAGAUAUGUUUAGGUGAGUUAGUGAAAUAAGAGAAUAUAUGUCCUUAGCUCGGACAUAUAGUGUUUUUCUAUAAAGAUAGACAAAUAUAAAUUAUGAGAACUUGCCUGUAAAUACUUUCACAAAUAAACCAAAUGAGCACAAAUGAAUAAACGUGUUUAAAGAUUA